GAUGUGAACUUUGAGGGCGUGGCCAUUGCCUUCUCUGAAGAGGAGUGGGUGAUCCUAGAUGAGGCUCAGAGACUUCUGUACUGUGAUGUGAUGCUGGAAGUGUUUGCCCUUGUAUCAUCUGUAGGUUGUUGGCAUAAAAUGGAAGAUGAGGAGGCCUGUUCUGAUCAGCGUGUAUGUAUACAAGGUGAGUCACAGGUCAGGACUUCUAAGACAGCUCCAGCCACCCAUAAGAACCAUCUCUGUAAGCAGUGUUUCUCUGUGUUACAACAUAUUUUGCACCAGACUGGGUUUCAUGCAGCAGACUUUGAGCAGAGAGCCUUCUGUAGUGACGCAUAUGUUGGAGACUUCUGUUUCGGUGCAAACCCUCACCAGCAACAAAAGAAUGAAUGUGGAGAGGGGCCCUGGAAACAAGCUAUGGACAGGGCCUCUUUUGUGAACAGAUGCAGCUUCUCCUUAUCUUCAAAGCCUUCAACCAGCAGGAAGGUUGGGGAAGACUUGCAGUCCAACUCAGAGCUUCCCCAGCACCAGGCCACUCUCAACACUGAGGAGCUACACUGUGGCAGUGAGAUUUCACAGGAAUUUCUCAGUGGAAAACGUCAUCACCAGUCGGGUGAAUGUGAAAACGCUGCCAGCCACAACCUGAAAGUUGUUCAAUAUCAGGGUGUGUGUGCUGGAGAACUGAUUUAUGAGUGUAACAAAUAUAGGAAAGUGUUUAGACGAAACCUUAAUGUCGUUCGACAUAAGGGAGUUCACACUGGAGAAAAGCAAUAUGACUGUAAUGAAUGUGGGAAGUUCUUCAGAAAAAGACCUGCACUCAUUAAACACCAGAGAGUUCACACUGGAGAGAAGACAUAUGCGUGCAGACAUUGUGGGAAGUCUUUCAGUUAUAAGUCUACCCUCAAACAACACAACAGAGUUCACACAGGAGAAAAGCCAUAUAAGUGCAGAGAAUGUGGGAUAUCCUUUCGUCAAAAGACCCACCUCACUGAACACCUCAGAGUUCACACUGGAGAGAAACCAUAUGAGUGCAGACAUUGUGGGAAAUCCUUCAGUUACAAGUCUAACCUCAAACAACACAACAAAGUCCACACAGGAGAAAAGCCAUAUAAGUGCAGAGAAUGUGGGAUGUCCUUUCGUACAAGGGCUCAGCUCACUAGACACCUCCGAGUUCACACUGGAGAGAAGCCGUAUGAGUGUAGAGAAUGUGGGGUGUCCUUUCGUACAAGGGCUCAGCUCACUAUACACCUCAGAGUUCACACUGGAGAGAAGCCAUAUGAGUGUAGAGAAUGUGGGGUGUCCUUUCGUCAAAGGGCUCACCUCACUGAACACCUCAGAGUUCACACUGGGGAGAAGUCAUAUGAGUGUAGAGAUUGUGGGAUGUCCUUUCGUACAAAGGCUCAGCUCACUAGACACCACAGAGUUCACACUGGAGAGAAGCCACAUGAGUGUAGAGAAUGUGGGAUGUUCUUUCGUACAAGGGCUCAGCUCACUAUACACCUCAGAGUUCACACUGGAGAGAAGCCAUAUGAGUGUAGAGAAUGUGGGGUGUCCUUUCGUCAAAGGGCUCACCUCACUGACCACCUCAGAGUUCACACUGAAGAGAAGCCACAUGAGUGUACUGAAUGUGGGAAGUCUUUUAGCCAAAAAUCUAACCUUAAUAAACAUCUAAGAGUUCACACUGGAGAGAAGUGUUAAAUGUGCAGGGGAAUGUUUCAUUUUAUUCACUUAGAAUAACAACACUGAAGGAGACUCAUUGCGACCUAUUUUCCUGAAUUUAAACUUCUUUUAAUGGAACAUGCACUCUUCUAGAUUCCUCAUGUUUCCAGUACAGGUGAAGCUUAAAGGAGGUGCAUUGCACUUUCUAACAUGCCCAGGUCUUCUACCUGAUUGAUUUGUGGCUGAAGAGAUUUUCCCUCUAACACCUGGGUCACCUGAAGAGUGUGUAUCAGUCCCAACCCCUGGGUGCUCAGGGGAAAUGUAUUCUGUGUUGUCACUUGUGCUUGAGAACAUUAGGAUCCCUCCACUCCUGACAGGAUCUUCAUUUAUCUCCGAGGAGGUAAUGCACCUGACCCAGGGUUCAUACAGGGCACCUUCCUCAGCUAAGAAGUGCGGCCUCUGUCAGGGACAUGUGGUUCUCACAUUAUGCUGUGAUGAAUUGUUUCAAAUUCUGAUUCACCAACCUGCAAACCGCUUUCUGUCCUAUUUUCUGGUUUGUGAUCUUUAGUAAAGGUAUUUUUUCUUUAGUACCUUUAAUUUUCUUGGUUAUAUUCACUCCCAGGGAUGAUUUUCAAGCACAAUUGUGAUCUGUCAUCAUCUAGAGUUAGUAGAUAUUGUGUGGAUCCCAAUCUUUCUGUGCUUUAGGAGGGACAGCAUAAUGCCAGAAAAUCACUCUUUGACCAAUAUUGGCUUAUUUUGCAUUUUUCCCAAAGCCUUGAAAUAAAGACUGCGUGAAUGUGUGGUUCUAA